CAACGUAAAACCUGGGUAUCUUAUUAGAUAGUAAUAAAAGCAGUUUGAGUAAGUUUAUAACCAUGCAUUACUUUGUUCUUGGGUUAGCACUUGUUGUUGGUUGUCAGGCAAGUGGAUACAGUGGAUAUAAUGGAUACGGAUCCUCAGUAGGAUAUGGAAGUUAUGGAACAAUUCCAAAAGGAUAUGGAGGAUAUGGUUAUGGAGGAAAUUCUGGAUAUGGGUAUAACACUGGUGACCAUAACAUUGGUGGGUAUGGAUACAACCAAGGAUAUGGAUCUGUUGGUUAUGGACAAAAGCAAGGAUAUGGAUCUGUUGGUUAUGGACACAAUCAAGGAUAUGGAUCUGUUGGUUAUGGACACAACCAAGGAUAUGGAUCUGUUGGUUAUGGAAACAACCAAGGAUAUGGAUCUUCUAAAAAGGGAUAUAGGAAGAGACGUGAUGUUUCUAGUGUAAAUAUAAGCGGAUAUAAUGCUUAUCCUAAGGUCUACAGGCCACCCUAUGGGUCUAUUGGUACUGGAGGAUUAGGUGGUAGCUAUGGAAGAUAUGUUCCAAGUGUUUCAACAAGUCCCUACGAGCAGAUAUACAACAAAUACUCGUAUGGUAAAGGGGCUAGGCCUUAUGGUCCUGUUCUUGUACAUGCUUCUCAUUCCUCUGCCUCUUAUGGCCCUGCUCCUUACGCCCCUACUCCUUAUGCUCCUCCUUCCUAUGAUCCAGCUCCAUAUGCCCCUACUUCCUAUGAACCAGUUCCAUAUGUUCCAGAACCAUAUACUCCAGCCCCCCAUACCCCUGCUUCCUAUGAACCAGCUCCAUAUGCCCCUUCUUCCUAUGAACCAUCUUCCUAUCUCUCAGAGCCAUAUGUUCAAUCCUAUGAUGGACCUUAUUCCAAUGAACCAGCUACCUAUGCUCUUGGAUUAUAUUCACCUGCUGCUUAUUCUCCAAGCCACUCUACUCCUGUGCUCUAUAGACCAGCUGCUUAUUUUCCUCGUUCAAGAUAUUUUCCAGCUCUUGCAUAUGAACAGGAGUAUGUCACUCCACCACAGGAUUAUGUCACUCCACCACAGGAUUAUGUCACUCCUCCACAAGAUUAUAUCACUCCUUCAAAGGAUUAUGUUACUUCACCUCAGGAUUAUCUCACUCCACCACAUAAUUAUCCUAUUUCCCCACCGAAAUAUGUUACUCCACCUAAACGCUAAGAUUCUCUGCCAUGGUGUAUUAUAACUGCAAAACAAACUUUAAGAGGGAGUUUUAUUAACCUAUUUACUUAUUAUUUUACAUGGUUUAUUUAUGUAUGAAAAUAAAUUUGAAAUUGAA